GACAUUCUGACUAUUCAGAAAGAUAACACAAUGGCAGCAGUUCCAGAAUUAUGUGACCAGCUGAUGGAAUACAGUGAAAAUGAUGAAUUAUUUUACACCAAUGAUGUCCCUGACAAAAUAAAGGUCAAUAAGUGUUCACACUGUUAUGAAAACCGGGUAACUAUAAAAAAGCUGGAGAUAAGAAAGCCCGAAAAAUCAGUGCACUUAUUCAAGAAGGUGAAAGUGCUUGUUACAGUUGUGAAAAAGAGAGGAUUUAACAACCAGUGCUUUUUCAAAGAUGAUGACCUACUGACUCUAGUCCCGGUUAAAGAAAACAUUGCCUUCAGGCAAGAAGAGAUUCAAGAAGCACCUAAGACUAGGUUCCUCUACAAUCUGACAACAGAGCAUGCUAUACGAGACACAAAAAUGAGGUCCUUGAAACUGGAAGGCAACAAUUUUAUUGUGGUUACAUUUUUAGAAGGGGAGAAUGCUCAACUGGAAGUAAAAAUAAUUGUAAACACUUAUCUUGAACAAAAUCUUGAAAACAACAAACGUCCCGUCUCAUUGGGUAUCGUAGGCCAAAAACUUUAUUUAUCCUGCACUGCAGAAGGGAUCGCAGAUCAGGUGCCCACUCUCACAGAAGUUGACAACAUAAAAGAAAAGAAAACAGAUAGUGACUUGUUACCUUUCAUCUUCUACUCCAGACAAGAUGGCAGUCACUGCUCUUUUGAGUCUGCGGCCUUCCCUGGAUAUUAUUUAAGCGCAUCUCAAGACGAGGGGGAGAAACUGCAAUUGAGGCAAACAAGUGACGUCUUAGUGAGAGAGUUCAGACUGACUCCACAGUUAAACUGAGAUGCGGUCACGUACUGUAUACGUACAAACUAUUCACUGUGCAGGAUUAUUCCUAUUCUAAAAGAGUCUGUGAGUUCGAAAGUCUUCUCAAACUAUCUUGUGGUGCCUCAACAGCCAAACCUCGGGCCUACACAUCCAUGUAAAAAGACAGAUAUGUAGAUGAGAAGUG